CUGUUUUCCCGCCUUGUUCGUGUGCUCGGAUGCAUGCUUCACAAUCUUGAGAAUCACCUAAGAAGUAAAAGACUAGCCGUGAUUUAUCAGCACAAGGUCGUCAGAAAAUAAUGGGAAGAAGUAACCCAAAGAGCAAAGAUAAAUCCAUGUCGAAGAAGGAGGAUAAAGACCCGAUGGCUGAGGGCAGCGCAGCUGACGAGGAGGAAGAGGAAGCUUACCAGGUGGAGAAGGUCCUCAACAGGAGGGUUAAAGGAGGCAAAGUAGAGUACCUCCUCAAAUGGAAAGGCUACCCAGAUGACCAGAACACAUGGGAACCCGAGGAGAAUCUUGAUUGUCCAGAGCUCAUCCAGGUAUACCUUGACUCGGUCAAAUUACCUCAGCAAGCGAAUAAACGCAAACUCAACGGUGGUGAAGGAGUUCCUAAAAUGGCAAAGAUGACGGCGGGCCAGACGCUAGAAUGCACACCAAGCGCAAGCUCGACAGAGCCCGAGGGCUUUGACAGAAAACUGGAACCAGAGAAAAUCCUUGGAGCUACGGAAAAAGAUUCUGAACUUAUAUUCCUAAUGAAAUGGAAAGGCAGUGACCGCGCCGACUUGGUCCGAGCGAAAGAAGCCAAUGUGAAGUGUCCCCAGGUCGUCAUCGCAUUCUACGAAGAGAGAUUGACGUGGCACACGGAGUCUAAAGAAGAAGACAUGAGGGACGCUAUAACAGCCAAAGAGAAAGAGAAAGAGACCAAAGCGUAGUGAGUUUUCUAACACAAAAAUAAAAACUCAAUUUUACAUUGGGAAUAAAAAAGUGGACAAGAAAAGGAUUUCUCGAUGGAUGAACUGGCCAGAUUGUAUAUUUUUGCUUUCUUUUUAUGAGAUUUCAUUCAAGAGUUGCAAAAAAAGGAGUUAUUUGGAAGAAGACGCAAUCUGCACACUCAAACUCGCAACUGGACGACAUUUUGUUUCUCGCUUGAAAAAACAACGUUAAAGCAGUAUUCUGGUGCUGGCAAACUCCCUUUCAUCCAACCAACACGCCAUGUUGCCAAAUAUAUACGUGUAUGUACAAAAAGAUUUGACUAACUCCUCGUUAAUGUGAGUUUCAAUUCAAUCAAUUUUAAGUCCGGAGGCUUCUAGCGAAAGAAGAAUUAAAUUAUGAUGAGCCGGUGAAAACAUUGAUGUUUAAAAGAAAUAUAACUAAACGCACAGUUCGUCGACACACUCCGAUUGGACGCUCGCUGACUUGAUGUGUUGAAUUGUUCCUGUUUGUAUUUUUAAUGAAGAAUGAUUGUCCCAUUGCUUUUUAACUUGUCAAGUAGUGGUUUUUGUUUGUGUUUGUUUUCUUUUUGUUUUCUUUUUUUUUCUUCUCCCUGCCCCGCCCCCGUUUUAAAUGCACUAGAAUAGUAUACUUGUAGAAAUGUUUAAAACAAAAUUCCCCACUUAAUCGUGUACAGUCUAGUCAACUGUACAGAUAAGUCUUGUAAAUACUGUAAAUAGAAAAAACGUAAGACCAUAAAUCAGGAAGUCCCUCCGAACCCAUUUAUCCAAAUUUUAAAAGAGCUGUUAAAAAAAUGUGCCAAUGAAAAAUAUUACUAAGCAGAUUUAUCUGACCAGCAAGAAUGCUAUCUGUUAGACACCGGUUUUGAUUGGUUUUGUUCAGGCCUUGUAUGUCAUCUUUGAGGGGGCAAGGCCAUUUUACGUUUGCCAAGGGCACUUGCAUUGGCAAAUCUUAAAAUUUUGCAUGACACUUUGAAGUAGCACCAAGGCAACAGCCCCCCGUGUAAUUCCAGGCCUGUUGGUUCCCUGCUUGUUUUUGCUUAGCACACCUCAAGUGCUUAGCAAUUUUUGUGUGGUUAAUAAAUAAUAGUUCUAUGAAAUUGGUUUUGCGAGACGGCAUACUUUUCUGCAAACUUGCAUUUGGGGACUUUUGUGGGCGCUAGAUGGCAGCAAAAUUACCAGGUUUAUUGAGUGUUCUUGGAAGUAUGUGCAGAAUUAAGAAGUACGCAAACAAUGUCAAUUUACCGUAAAAUUUCUGCCAUAUCGAACACAUUGCUGUAAUAGUUGAACACAAUGCUGUAUUAGUUAAUUUCUUUAACCCCCCUUUCUGGACCAAGGAGUGUGUAUUUCAAUUAACAAGAUUUUAAAAAUUUGCUUACAAAAUAAAAUAAAUAAACCUUGUUGAAGAAUUGUACAGUAAUUUAAUUUGCAUGUCCUUUAUUGUUUUUGCUACCUGUGGGGUUUUCUUUCACUUUUAUCGCUCAGAAACAUCCGAGUGCAGUAAAACAAAAAGAAGGUGGACAGAAGACUAAUGUGAAGAAUGUGUCGAGUGGUACCAAUCUUAGAGCUUGUUAAACAAGUAAACAAAUGAACACCUUGAGACGCCAAAUUUGGUGACCCGCCGAACAUGCAUGUGAGGUUUUACAGCUUUUGACCUGGUCCACCUAUACUCGCUUUACAAACAAUGUCAUUGCUCUAUAAAGUAGGCUGCAGCUACAAGUUGCCGUUGAACCAAUAUAUCAUCAUUGGAAGAGCAUAAUGAUCGGAAAGCAAUUUGCAAUAGAGUGCCAAAUAUAGUGCGCCCUCUGGAGUAAAGGCCAAGAGAUGCUAUUUUCAGGGCAUCCUGGGAAGUGGUUGACAUGUCGCGCCAGCCACAUGACACUUAGUGGUUUACAAAGUUUGAGGCACAUUUUAUUUGUAAGAGAGACAAAAAGAAAAAUUGAUCAUCGCGUGAUUCGUGUGUAUGGCAAAAUGAGCCUCGCAUGACACGCAUGUAUGGCAAAACAGCAAGAUGUGUUGUCGUUGGUCAAUGUGACGCCUACUGUAUAUGGCAAAAUAUUUUGCCAUUCACAUGUAAAUAAGUGGCAUAUGCGCGUCCAUAAAAUAGAUCUCUCAACGAAACCGCUCCCACAAUGACAAACACGGCGUUCUCCGGGUUCUAUUUCUAUGGUUUGAGCAUGCGUACUGACAGUAUUACGAUCUUGCGUGCUGAUGCCGUGAGAGCUUGUUGG